UAGUCUGCUACUUUCCAUGCUCCCCGGAAAGCCACUCGACGUUCGACUGCUUCGGUCUGAGUUUUAACAGCAGAUGCGUGGACGUUACACUCGUGUUUCUUCUUAAAUGUAUUCAAUGCACCGUUAAAUCCUCCUGUAAUUUCCUCCAUACCUCUGCAACCCGCAGCAGCAAUGGCGAGCGAUUCAGUGAAACUCUCCAAAAACCUCCUGCGCAUGAAGUUCAUGCAGAGAGGCCUGGAUGCAGAGACAAGGAAGCAGCUGGAGGAAGAGGAGAAGAGAAUCAUAAGUGAUGAACACUGGUACCUUGACCUGCCGGAGCUCAAAGCUAAAGAGAACCUCAUCAUUGAGGAGAGAAGUUUUGUGCCGUGUGAAGACCUGAAGUACGGGCGAAUGUCAUUCAAGGGUUUUAACCCAGAAGUUGAGAAACUCAUGGUCUUGAUGAAUGGCAAGGAUGAAGCGGAGGAGGCUGAGGAAGAGGACCUAAGCACAAUGCAGACAGACGUCACUGAUGAAGAGAUGGCAAGAAGAUAUGAGAGUUUAGUAGGGAGCAUGAAGAGAAAGUUUGCGAAGAAGCGAGAGAGGUCAGCCAUGGACGAGGAGGAGGAGGAGGAUGUCAACUGCAAUUUUGCAGAAACAAACUCAAAGAGGGCCUUUUUAAAACCGCAAGACUAAGCUCAAGAAUGUUAGGCUUUAGAAUUGUGUAUUUUUGAGUUUCGAAAUAUUUUUUUACAUGUUUGCCUAAACUUCUGCAUAUAGCGUUAGGGUGUGAUCGACCAGUAUGUACAGUAUUUUAAGGAUAAAUGGAUGUCAUACAUCCUCUUUUAAAAGAUGUAUCUUUGAGAUGCCAUGAGGAAUAACCUUUUUUUUUUUUUUUUUACCACCCAUGCAACAUGGAUAUGAUUUCCAUUAAAUGCAUAGCCUUUGUA